GACGGGUGAUCCGACAUGGCUCAGUCGGUAGAGAACCGCGUGCCGCGCGCGUGCGUACACCGCCGCCGUACGAUGUGCACCGCGUAGACACAACAAGAGACAGCCACCAUGCUAGUGCCCCCGGAGAUGAUGGCGGCACAAUCCAAACUAGUCUACCAGAUGAAUAAAUACUACAACGAACGCGUUGCCAACCGGAAGGCGCAAAUCGCCAAAACCAUACACGAAGUCUGUAGAAUCGUGCAAGAUGUCCUCAAGGAGGUGGAACUUCAAGAGCCGAGAUUCAUUUCUUCGCUCACGGAUUACAACGGACGCUUCGACGGCCUCGAGGUGGUGUCGCCUCAUGAGUUUGAAAUCGUCAUUUAUCUAAAUCAAAUGGGUGUUCUAAAUUUCGUAGACGACGGCUCUUUACCUGGGUGUGCUGUUUUGAAACUCAGCGACGGCAGGAAGCGAUCCAUGUCCCUGUGGGUGGAGUUCAUCACCGCUUCAGGAUAUCUAUCUGCGAGGAAGAUCCGGUCGAGGUUCCAGACUCUAGUCGCUCAAGCUUGUGACAAGUGUUCGUACAGGGAUUGUGUGAAAAUGAUCGCUGAAACGACUGAAGUGAAAUUGCGCAUUCGAGAAAGAUACAUAGUUCAAAUAACUCCGGCUUUUAAAUGUGCGGGACUAUGGCCUAGAUCAGCGGCGCAUUGGCCCCUACCAGCUAUACCCUGGCCCCAUCCAAAUAUAGUCGCUGAAGUAAAGACAGAAGGUUUCGAUUUAUUAUCUAAAGAAUGUCUCGCUCUGCAAGGAAAGAAUUCCGCUAUGGAAGGUGACGCUUGGGUUUUAAGUUUCUUUGAAGCUGAGAACCGUCUCCUCCAGGGCGGUUGUAGGCGGAAAUGUUUGAGCAUUCUUAAGACUAUCAGAGACCGGCAUUUAGACUUACCCGGUAAUCCGGUUACCUGUUAUCACAUGAAGACCCUGCUCUUAUACGAAUGCGAGAAACAUCCGAGAGAGCACGAAUGGGAUGAGGCUGCAAUAGGGGAUAGAAUUAAUGGAAUCUUUCUCCAGUUGAUAUCUUCGCUUCAAUGCCGCAGGUGUCCUCAUUACUUCCUGCCACACGUGGACUUAUUCAAGGGAAAAUCCCCGACGGCACUGGAGAACGCUGCAAAGCAGGUGUGGAGGUUGACGAGGGAAAUGUUGACCAACUCCAGGGCAUUCGAAAAGUUGUGAACUCGGCUCCUAGAGUUGUGUGAUUGAAUAGGUGAAGUGAUUUACCGUUAAUAUUAAUAAUCAUUCUCGAGUCAUUUACGUAGAUUAGGGGCAAAGUUGAAGCAUUUCUUUGUGUUGGAAUCCAAUAGGAAAAGUAGUGACUAAAUUCGUAUGCAGAGACCGAGUGUGACGAAGUAUAUGUAUACGCGAUUCUGGUUAGUGAACUUGUCAGAUAUUCCAUAUGGAUCGGACAGACUGUAAGUAGAAGUGAUACUACUAAUAAAAUAGGACAUUUUCAAAUAUUAAUUUGUGAUAUAAUGUAAAUAAUUUUUAUCGUUGUACAAUUUUAGUGAUAUAUUUAAUUUAAACAUCGUGUAUUUAUUUGACUGAAUCUUAUAAAGUAGGAAUACCUAAUACCUAUAAUCUAUAGUAAAAUAAAUAAUUUCAAAUUUUAAACAAA